CCUGUAAACAGGAGGACUUCUUUUUUUCAUCUAUUUCCAAUUUCCCCCCAAUCCCCCUCAUUUUCUAAACGCAAUCAUUUAUUGAAGCAGACAACCACCAGCACCACCGUCCCUACCCACACUUUCGCGGUUCCCCUUGCUUUUGCAUAAUUUGGCUUCUUUGCUUCUGACAUAAUUCACGAUCUAUAAUAGCAUAUAUCUGUAUAAAACCAGAGGUUUAUCCAAGCUUUCUUCUUCAUCUCCCUGUUUUCUGUACUCAAAACAGAUUCGGAAAUGAAGGGGUUUUGUCUUGCUUUUGUUGUUGUUGUUGUUGUUCUUCAUCUGGGUCUUUGCCACGUGUCCAUGGCGGUGUCCCGGGAGAAGAUCCUGAGGAAAACUUACAUAGUACACAUGUCCAAAUCUGAGAUGCCUGCAAGUUUCGAGCACCAUACUCACUGGUAUACCUCGUCUCUUAAAUCCGUAUCGGAAUCGGCGGAAAUGCUCUACACGUACGAGCAAGUGAUUCACGGUUUCUCCACGCAGUUGACGCCGGAGGAAGCUGAACAACUCGAGAACCAAGCAGGGAUCCUCUCUGUUUUGCCUGAGUUACGAUACGAGUUGCACACGACUCGGACGCCUGAGUUUUUGGGACUCGAUAAAAACGCUGAUUUGUUUCCUGAGUCCGAAUCGGCGAGUGAAGUGAUUAUUGGUGUGUUGGAUACCGGUGUUUGGCCGGAAAGCAAGAGCUUCCUCGACACCGGACUUGGACCCGUGCCCAGUACCUGGAAAGGCGAGUGUGAAUCUGGUACCAAUUUUAGUUCAUCGAAUUGUAAUCGGAAAUUGAUCGGUGCAAGGUACUUUGCCAGAGGUUAUGAAGCCACAUUGGGUCCGAUCGAUGAGUCCAAGGAGUCGAAGUCUCCUCGAGACGAUGACGGCCACGGUACUCACACUUCCUCCACCGCUGCAGGGUCGGUGGUGGAAGGAGCCAACUUAUUUGGGUAUGCAGCAGGGACGGCGCGUGGAAUGGCCACGAAAGCCAGAGUUGCUGUGUACAAGGUAUGUUGGCUUCGUGGCUGCUUUAGUUCCGAUAUCUUGGCGGCAAUGGACAAGGCGGUUGAGGACAACGUUAAUGUUCUCUCCAUGUCCCUCGGCGGCGGAAUGUCUGAUUAUUCCAGAGACAGCGUUGCAAUUGGAGCUUUUGCCGCCAUGGAGAAGGGCCUCCUAAUCUCUUGCUCGGCCGGGAAUUCUGGCCCAAGAUCGUCCAGUUUAUCAAACGUGGCUCCCUGGAUCACUACCGUCGGUGCAGGCACAUUGGAUCGUGAUUUCCCUGCCUACGUCGGCCUCGGAAAUGGGAAAAACUAUUCCGGCGUUUCACUUUACAGUGGCCCUUCUUUGCCGGGGAAAUUCCUGCCGUUUGUUUACGCCGGGAAUGCUAGUAAUGCUACAAAUGGGAAUUUGUGUAUGAUGGGCACUUUGAUUCCGGAAAAAGUCGCCGGGAAAAUAGUGCUAUGUGACAGAGGAUCAAACUCUAGAGUGCAAAAAGGGACCACCGUUAAAUCUGCCGGCGGUGUGGGGAUGGUUUUGUCCAAUACCGCCGCAAACGGCGAAGAGCUGGUAGCCGAUGCCCACUUAUUGCCGGCAACGGCAGUAGGUCAAAAGAACGGUGAUACCAUAAAAAGUUACCUCUUUUCCGAUCCUAACCCAACCGCCACAAUUAUCUUCGAAGGCACCAAGGUGGGUGUUGAGCCGUCGCCCGUGGUGGCUGCGUUCAGUUCGAGAGGACCAAACUCCAUCACGCCAGGGAUUUUGAAACCGGACCUGAUUGCACCAGGAGUCAACAUCUUAGCGGGAUGGUCCGGAGCAGUGGGUCCUUCAGGAUUGGCAAUGGACACCCGGCGCGUGGAAUUCAACAUCAUUUCAGGCACCUCCAUGUCUUGCCCACACGUUAGCGGACUAGCGGCAUUGCUCAAGGCCGCCCAUCCAGAAUGGAGCCCCGCCGCCAUCAGGUCCGCCCUCAUGACCACCGCCUACACACAGUACAAAAACAAAGAGAAAUUGCAAGACAGCGCCACCGGAAAACCAUCCACACCGUUCGAUCACGGAGCAGGCCACGUGAAUCCCGUAUCAGCCCUUGACCCAGGACUCGUCUACGAUUUAACGGCCGAUGAUUACCUGGGCUUCCUCUGCGCACUAAACUACACAGAAUCCCAAAUCACGUCACUGGCGAGAAGAAAAUUCACUUGCGAAGUUGGAAAGAAGUACAGUGUCACCGAUCUCAACUACCCAUCUUUCGCUGUCAAUUUCGAUACGACACAGACAGGUAGCACUAGCGUAUUCAAGCACACGCGAACUCUGACAAACGUUGGAUCUCCAGGAACGUACAAGGUUUCAGUUUCACCCCAGAUUGCAGGAGUUCAGAUAUCAGUUCAGCCGGAGACGUUAAGUUUCAGUGGAGUGAAUGAAAAGAAAUCGUAUACGGUGACGUUGACUGUGAGUUUACAGCCGAGCAGUACCAAUGGUUUUGGUCGUUUGGAGUGGUCUGAUGGGAAGCACAUUGUGGGCAGUCCCAUUGCGAUUAGCUGGACUUGAUGAGGUGAGGAAAGGGAACAGCGUAAGGGUGAUGCAAUUACUUAAUGGAGCCUAUUUUAUUGUUCAAGUUGUAUUAAGCUAUAUAAUAAUUAUUAUUCAAUUAAGUUGUGUUGGUUGUGGGAAGAUUCCAAAGACCCAACUCCAUCCAAAAAGUCAUUGUUAAUCGAACUGCACACAACACUUUUUCCUUGUUUAAUUAUUGCUAGGCUAGGCUAAGUUAGGCUAGUUUCCGUAGUAAAUCCGAAACUGUAUACGAAAAUAUCUAAUAUGUAUUGUUUUAGUGAUAAAAUCAAUACGAAUAUCAUUAUAGUAUUGACUACCUUGGUUUCGGUUGGUUUCUUUUUCUCUGUAUCGUUGUGAUAGAUAAGAUUUAUGAAGCUAGUGGAUUGUUGAAGAAUGUAAGAUUGAAACUUUAUAAUAUAUACUUUGGAUUUGU